GACGUCGGGCCCGGGAUGGAAUCGAAUUGAGAUCAAAAGAAGAUCAGACGAUCAACGCCCGACAGCUGAUUCAUUGUACGUGUGUCGGCAAAAAUCGAAGUAUUUCCAAGGGAUAUAUACAUCAGUCGGCGACCGUCUGAUGGCCUGAGGGCCUCUGCACGAUGACUGACAGACGCCGGACGGAGCUUGUCAUGAGACACGUACAACGAAUCCGAUGUUGGGCGAAGCCCGAUGAUACAAAAUGUCCCGUUGACCGUGCGAUCAUCGGCCGGGCGCCAGGACAUCGGACACAUCGACGGGCGAACGGAUUAUUUGUGACUGAGACAUAAAUCACAUAUGGCUGAAGGGGCUGUUCGACAUUACACGGACUGGACUCCAAGGUUAAUCAGGCGAUCAAGAUAUGCGUAUGAGCAUGAAUCCCGGGAAACAAGCAACAUAAUGAAUAUCCUGGGGUAUGGACCCGAGAUCAGACAGAAACGCCGAGAACAUUUCAUAGAGAGAGAUAGGCUGUUAAAUACACGGAGAGAGGACUUUUCGUGUACGAGCAUCACCGCGGGGAGCAAAGCGGAGGGACUGACCCGUUUAUUCGAGAGCGAUAAUGACACAAUAUUAGUGUUACCAUAUGUUGUGUGUUUGGAAAACUGUUUUGACCAAAGCAAUAUUCCUUGUCACUUCACUAUAUUAGAAAUGAAUUUCCAAAACACUAGUGCGGGAUAUUGUAGAGUACUACUUGAGAGACUUGCUCCUGUAGGCGUUUCUGCUAUUUCCGAUUCCUUAUGUGAAAAUGAACGUGGCAAACCUAUAUUAAGCAGUUCACUGUUUGUAGAAGCAGAGUUCAGAGACGCAUCGCGUGUAUCCGGUACAGUCAUCCAUCAACGUGCUGGUCCAUCGUUGCCAUGGUCUAAUGGUGCCUAUAAAGCCGAUAGUGUAUACGCCAUUCGCUGUCACUGUCCAAACAUAUUGCAGACAUGGGCUAAUCGAACUCGUCACUGGCCACCAUCAGAUAUUGUAGAGAAAGUGGUUGCGAUGGGAGCUUUUGUUACUCCGAUUGGGUUUAAAAGAAGCGAACACAACCAUGUGGAAUGGAGGAUAUGUUUUAAUACUGGAGAGACGGAACUUGUUAAUAAUCUGAACGACACUCAGAUCAAAUUAUAUAUGUUGCUAAAAAUGAUCGCUAAGGAUAUACUGAAACCUCAGAAAAAAGAAAUCACAUCGUACACCAUGAAAAAUAUCGUAUUAUGGCUAGCUGAGAACAACAAAUCCUCUUUGUUCCAUUCCGGAAGUUUGUUUUAUUGGCUCCAUGAGGGACUUGAUAUAUUACGAACCGCUAUAUCCACAAGGCAACUGCCUUACUAUAUGAUACCUAAGAGAAAUCUUAUGGCAACAUCUGAACUGAACAAUGAGCAGCAGCUUCUGUGGGGGAGGACUAUACAGGACAUGAUUGAGGAAGGUCCGCGAAUAUUACUCAGGUUAGAUAAAUUCCGCAAGGCAGUUAUUGGGUACCCGGAACCACUUCUGUGGUACAGCAAGAUGAGGACUGAACUGGAGAUGUGGCAGUUGAAGUUAUUCAACAGACAGCUUCAAUGCGAGGUCACGAACUCAAUGGUUUUUGAGACUGACACUAUCGUGCAGACAUUCAAAAAACGUACUAAUGAGAUAUUACAAGAGGUUGCGUGGCGUAUGGUUCUUGAUGGCAGUUCGUUAGAUGUAGAAGUAUUUGAGAUGAUGCUAAGCUAAGGACGUAUUUAAAAUGUAUCGAUAGAACAGUUUAAUAUGUACAAAUUUUUUUGUGUGUGAACACAAUGACUCAGUUUUAUGCGAGAUCAAUAAUAGGGAGUUUUAAUUGAAUCAUAUUUUCAGAAAGUUUAUAUAGAUUCAUCCAAGUCCCUUGCUUUUUUAAAUCAGCGUUUGGUGAUAAUGGCUGAUUAUUUGUAACGACGUUUUUAUAUAAUUCGAGGGGAAAGACUUUGACUAUUUAACUAUGGUAAAAAAAUAUGUUUACAUAUGAAUAAUCAAUCAAAUAAUAUCAGUGCUACCAUUUUAACAUGUUGGUCCCUUUUAAUUAUUUAAUAGUUUGUUACUUACAUGUAGUAAUACAAAUUUUCUUUAGUGUGGAAUCAGCAACAUAAAGCCAACGUUAAAAGGUUAUCUGAUAUAAGCACGAAUACUGGUUGCUAUUCAAGAAUGGGUGUGAAUGCUUUCACUUAUAAAGCUUAUAUUGGAUGUUUUUUUACAUAGAUUGUAUCAUUCAUAUGGAAAAAUGCUUUCCUAACUAUUACAACGUUAAUGACAUGUCAAGGACCCACAAACAAGCUGAAAAUUCGUAAGUUAUUCGACAAAACUUAUAUACAAUUUGAUAAACAAUGAGGUAAAGGUCCUCGAUGGCCCCAAAGUACUGCGUUAAUAAUACACAUACAAGUGGCUUUUAGAGCGGAGAGACCUGUUUUCUAAGAUGUGUCUGGUGAAAUAGUGUUUGGACUCACUUGACACACAGUUGGCCUAGAUUUAAAAAAGAUAAACAUAAAAAAGUCGAAUAUCUUUACCUAGUUUGUUGAUUAGUAAAAAAUAUAAUUAACUUAUAUUCAUCAAUAUUGAGUAAUAAAUGUGGCGUUUAGAGUGAUAACAGCGGUUUGAAUACGAUUUUAUUUGGUGAAUUAGGUUUUGAAUGCACGUGAUCCGUAGUAUUUUUUGAUAUAGAAAUUCUCCAUUAUAAACAUUCAGAGUUUUAAAAUUGAGUCAUACAUAUGGCUUAUAGUUCGGUUAAAUUAUGUGUUCGGUGAUUUUAGAUGGUUACCUAAUGUUUAUACGCCAAAUAAUACGCUUGAAAAGCUAUUUUCAAUAUAAAUAAUCUGACCAAGUUUCACCUAGAUCGGAUGCAAAAUGUGGCACUUUAAACUUUUUUGUUUUUGACACUCGCCUGGUAUUGACUGAAAACUAUUAAAAGGAUUAUUGAAUUGGAGCAUUUU